AUGACAACCGCUACCAACUUCACAUCAGAAUUAAAUAGAGUACAAGCUCUGAUAAAUAAAUUGAGAGAAGAAAAUACAGUCUUAAAAAAUGCAAAUGAAGAUUUGAAAAAAGACAAUGCUCAACUAAAUGAAGAUAAUAUUAAAUUAACUGAUGAAAAUAAUAAGUUACAUGAAGAAAAUAAAAAAUUAAAUACUUUAUCUAAUUCUAAUAAUAAAAUAAUAAGUAAAGCAAAUCAAAAAGUGAAUGAUUCUUUGAAGAAUUUUGGUGUUAAGUUUGAGAGAACAGAGACUUUAGGAAGUAAAAUGGAUAAAAUCAUGACAGUCAAUGAAGAGUUAAAAGGGGAAUUAAUUGAAAGAAUAUUGGGUUAUGAUCCUGAUUAUGCAAUAACAAAUCUUAAUAAUAUAGAAAAACUUGCUAAUAUUGUGUACAAUAUUGAUAAUUCAAAAGUAAAAAAAUGUAGAAAAAAAAAUAAACAAGAAGAGAAAGAGAUAAAAGAAAAAAAAACUACAAAAUAUCAACAAUUCAUAAAAAAUAAUUAUGAUGAAGUGGCAUCAAAACAUGAAAAUAGUAUAGAGACAAUGAAAACAAUUGCAAAGAUGUGA